UGUGUGUGUUCCUUUUAUUAGAUGUUUAGCUGCGUCCCUGGCUGUAUCUCUAAGAACCCUGGUCUUAAUAAGUCAGAGCGUCUCCAGGCUUUGCCAGCUGACACCUGUGGGGCGAAUGGCCGCUGCUUUUCUCUCUCUCGAGUUGAGAACCUUUACCUGCGUCACAUUUUCACAGAGCCUCUAGUGAAGCAGCUGCGCAUGUCUCAGUCACUGCGGAGACUCAGGUGCCCAAAGAGAUGCCAGUUCCUUCAAGACUGAAAAUUGGAUUCCUAGAGGCCUUGGUAGUUUGUUGUGCAUAGAUAGUACCUGUGGCAGAGCAGACGUACUCAGAUAGUCUAAAGAGGACUGGAUUCCUGCUGGUGACACGAUGCAAGCUUACGUGCCCCCAAACAUGAUGACAGCCAUCUCCCCAGACCCUCCAGCUCUGGCUGCAAGCGAGCAAAGCAGGGUCCCUAGAGUGGAUACCUCCAGGGUCCACGGAAGGACCUUAAGAGGACAUGCUGAUGACCUAGAUUCUUUCAGGCAGAAGUUCAGGUGGUUCUGUUACUCACAAGAAGAAGGACCCAGAAAAACCCUGAAUCAACUCUGGGAGCUCUGCAAGCAAUGGCUGAGACCAGACAUUCACACCAAAGAGCAGAUCUUAGAGUUCUUAGUGUUCGAGCAGUUCCUGAGGGUUUUGCCUGGAGAGAUGAGGGUCUGGGUGAAUUCUCAGCGCCCUGAGAGUAGUAUGGAGGUGGUAACCCUGGUAGAAGAUUUGAACCAAACACUUGAAGAAAGGGAAGAUCUUAGCACUCAAGAUUCUGCUGUUUGCAAAGCGGAAGAUUUGGGAGAAGAGGAGAUGGUGGCUGUUCCUCCAAACACGGAGCCACGUGAACCUGUAACAUUUGAGGAUGUGUCUGUGGACUUUACCAGAGGAGAGUGGAAGAUGCUGGAGUCAUCUCAAAGGGAGCUGUAUAAGGAAGUGCUGCUGGAAACCUUGAAGAACCUAGAAUUUUUGGGCCUUCCAGUUUCCAAAUUUGAAUUGAUUUCCCAGCUGAAGUGGGUUAAGUUGCCAAGGGUACUGGAAAAAGAAAUCUCAGAAGGCCCCAGACCAGAAGCUGAGUCUAGAAGUGAAUUGGAUGCCUUUAUGGAAGACUUCACUUUAGAGAAAACAGUAGAAUACUGCUUCAGUGAUGAUGGUUAUGGCUUGAAGGCAGAAUUCCAGAAACGACAUGGCAAAUCCAAGAAAGAUCAUAGCAAGCACAGUAGCCAUCAGAGUAAAGAAACUCCCUCUGGAAAGAAUUCCAAACAAACUUCUGACACAAUCAAACAUCGGAGCACCUGCUUAACAAAGAAGUCUCAGAGGUCUAAGGAAGGCAAGAAACCCUACAUCUUUCAUUCAGAUCUUGUGAACCGCAAAGAACACAGUGUAGUAAAGUUAAGGAAAUGCAGUGGAAAUGAGAAAGACUCACGUCACUCUUCAUCUCUUAGUGACCAUAAGAGACAACCAAGAAUUGGUUCGUUGAGUAAGACCCAGAAGUGUAGUAAGUGUGGGGUAGCCUUUACUCAAAGCUCAUGGUAUCGUAGUAAAACCUCUCAAUGUGAAAAAUGCCAGAAGAAUUUAUUUCAAGGUGAAACCUCAAAUAAAGACAAAGGACCCGAAACUGAAGAGCCCAGUAAGUGUAAAAAAUGUGGGAAAGCUCUUGGCUAUAGUUCAAAACUCUCUGUGUGUGUUGAGUGUAGAAAAGCUCACAGAGCUAGCCCAUCAGUUAAACCACAUAAAAAAACUAACAAAAAAGGAAAGUCUUACAAGUGUGAUGAGUGUGGAAAAAGUUUUUCUGGUUUAAACGCUGUCGAUAUACAUCGAAGAACUCAUACUGGAGAAAAGCCCUAUGAAUGUAAACACUGUGGGAGAUCCUUCAAUGACUACUCAUCAUAUUGUCAACACCAGAGAAUUCAUACUGGAGAGAAACCAUAUAAGUGUAAUGAGUGUGAUAAAUCCUUCACUCAUAGCUCCUCUCUUUCAAAGCAUCAAAGGAUACACACUGGAGAGAAGCCCUAUAAGUGUAAGGAUUGUGGAAAAGCCUUUAGACAGAAUUCUUGCCUUACCAGACAUCAGAGAACGCACACUGGAGAAAAACCAUAUGUGUGUAAGGAUUGUGGAUCAUCUUUUAGCCUUUUUAGUACGAUCAUCUAUCAUCAGAGACUUCAUGCAGGAGAAAAACCUUACAAAUGUACCCACUGUGAUAAAGCCUUCCCUACUCAUUCCCGCCUCAGUCGUCACUUGAGAUGUCACACUGGUGAAAAACCAUACAAAUGUAAAGAAUGUGGGAAGACUUUCAGACAGAGUUCAUCCCUUAAUUUACAUCUCCGAAGUCAUACUGGAGAGAAACCCUACAAAUGUGAUUAUUGUGGAGCAACCUUUACUCGGAGCACAAUCCUUAUUGAACAUGUAAAAACUCAUACUGGCGCACAAUAUGAAUGUAAAAAGUGUGGUAAGAAAUCUAAGAGUCGGUCAGCCCAUCUUAAACAUCAGUGUACUGAGUAAUUCUGGGACUGCAGUGAGUGGAGGGUAGGUGAGUUCAGAUUGUGCCCUUAUUUAAACACUUGACAUGUAAACUACCCACAUCAUUGACUAGAAGCAUCAGCUUCAAUGGGUUUACAAGUAGGAAUAGCCUUCUUCCCCCUUGGUCUCUUCUUGAGGGUGGCCAGUGUUGAUUAGAGUUGGUAAAGUUAGGUUGACGUGAAGAAAGCAUGUGAAGAGAAAUGAUUCUGAAAAGCCAAACUUAUGUUUGAAAGACUCUUCGGGGAUUUCUCUCUUUGGCUUCCUUCCACAGCCAUAUAGUAUAAUGGAAAAGGACAUGCCUGAACUUUAAUAACAUAGGCUCUAUCCCCAUUUGCCAACCAACCAUUGUGUCACCCUAAACAAGUCAUUUGGACCCUCUCAAUUUUAGUUUCUUUACCAGUAGAGUGAAGAGAUGACAUUAAUGAUUUCUAAGUUUUCUUUUUAUCUCAUAUUCUGAUACUGCAGACAAUAGUUUGAACAUCUUUGACUUAUUGGAAUUGUCAUGUCUGGUAGACGCUUACUCUCUUACAGAAUUGUGGACUUCUAGAUUAGGGAGAAUAUGGAAUGUUCGAUGUAGGGUACCUAGAAUGUGAUAAACAGACAAGUCAGGGAAGCUCAGUGGAGUUUGCUUUCAGGGAAUGUUCAAAUUUGCACAAAUCUCCCCAAUUAUCUUUUGAGUUUUGCCUCAGUGGAUUGAGAAUUCAGAGAGCUUGUACCUGAGCCAACUCAGACAUGAAAGUAACAGUCCUGGGAGAAAAACCAAAAGCAGCUGUUUUGGAUGGAUUAUUCCCCCUGCAGCAAGCACAGGCCCUUGCACCACGGUGUCAGAAUUCUGGGUGGCAAAAGUCACAAGAUGCUAGAUUGAAUCAGAUUGGGUCCUUAGAUGUGUUCUAGUUGGUUUGUAGGGUCGGGUAUGUAUGUACACACAGUUUUCACUCUUUGGAAAUAAUGAAUUUUGUGUUUUAAAGAAAGUAGAGUUUGUGUUUAAAAAUGUUCAGGAGCUGACCACAUUAGCCUACUAUGUCUAUGGAGUUCUCACUGGUCCCGCAUGUGGGUGCCACUUUAAAUGCCAGGUUUCUCUUAUACCUGGCUUUCUUAAUGCAGGCAUGUGAUAUUUUGUUGCCCCGCCAUUUGAGAAUACAUACACUAAAAUCUCAAGGGACCCCCACUGAGUACAAGUAAAAUUCAGGAAAAGAACUCUUUUGUGAAAUGAGACUUCAUGGAGUGGACUAUAUGGGUAUUGACGGGUUGAUGGAAACUUAAUUUCUAACUGAGAAAGGAAUUCAAGACCCUGAAUUAGUUUGGGUCUCAGAUCAUUAGAUUCCAAAGGGACUUGAUUGUGUUAUAGAAAAAAUUCCUGAAGUUGAAAUUUGAGGCAAUUCCUAGAGAGAGAACUAAGCCAGAACUAUGGUUUUACAGGUAUGAAGAAUCUCCAGUGCUGAUCUAAGACUCAGGAAUAUUUGCUGAUGUGCAAAUAGUUUGAAAUGCUACCUCUUGGUAUAAGGUUUUUGGUUUCUUCUGGAUGGCUCCUUCCUCCUUAUCCCAAAGUCUAAAAGAAAAUCAGACAAUAUUUUGUGAUAAAUUGAUCAGUAUAGCUGUUGCCAAAUGGACCAAGUAAACACAUUCCUGACAUCAAAGGAACAUGGCUUGUAAGAAUCACUCAUAUGGGAUUAAUAAUUUUCAGAAAUGAUAUAUUUUAUUGAAAUCAUUAAUGAAAUGUAUAAAACAACUCUUGAGAAGAGAUCUGUUCCAGGGUAUUCGAGGGAAUUUCACAAGAGGCUAUUUUUAUCCCAAUCUCAGUUGGGGAUUAGAAACAAAACUUAUUUUUUUUUAACAUUUUUAUUAAAAUAUAGAACACAUAGGCUUAAAAACCAAGAUGAUUCAGUGAGUUUUCAUCAGUUCUAAUGAAGUGCACAUUCAUUAUCAUAAUCCAUUUUUCAGAACAUCACCCUAUAAGAGCACCUAUUGGAUCCACCCAUUUAUACAUAAUUCCCACUCUCAUCUCUGACCCCAAGUAAACACUAACCUACUUUGUAUUUACAGAAUGGCCUUUUCUAGUCUUUUAUAUUGGCCUUUGUUUCCCCGUUGACAUCACGUUUUUAAGUUUAUGCAUGUUAUAGCCUAUGUGACUUCUUUCUAUUAAAGUGUUAUUUGUUGGUGUUUGUUGUUAAAUGAUAGUCUAUCAUAUGGAUACUUCAUCCAUUUGCCUGUGAGAGGACAUUCUCUUCUUUCCCCCUAGGGGUUGGCUGCUAGGAACAACACUGUGAAUAUAACAUAAGUCUGUGUAGACAUUAACUUUGUUUUUCUUGGUAGACACCUAUAGGUAGUUUCUGGGUCAUGUAAAUUUUUGUUUGACUUUUUAGGAAACUGCCAAAUUGCUUUCCAGUGUGACUACAUCACUUUAAAUUCUUGCCAGCAGUGUGUGAAUGUUCCAUUUUCUUUACAUCCGUGCCAAUGUCUAAAAAAUCUUAGUCAUCCUGGUGAAAUGGCAUUUCCAUAUGCUUCUAAUUUGCGUUUCCCUGACAACUCAUGUCAUCAUUUGCCCAUUACUCAGCCUUUCACAUGUCUCCUUUGAGUCUUUCCAAAUUCCUUAUCUAUGUAAAAGUCAGGAUGAUUGACUUAUAACAAGUUCUUUAUCUACACACAGUCCCUUAUCCAGUGUGAACUUUCUAUCACCGUGUGCUAGAAGGAAGCUACAAAACCACUGCAAAAUACUUGGCAAUGACUAAUAAUUGCCUGAAAGGCAUUCAGUCUGGCCUAGUACCCAUAUACUGAAGUCUAUUUUUAGAUUGUUAGGUCAUCUAAAGGCUUUAAAUUUGUGACUUAUGACUCCUCAUAGAACUUUUCAGAGCUUUAUUUAGCAAUUUUUUUGUUUAUAGUGAUAAGUAUUUUAAUCAGCUCUAUGACACAUUUUAAAACAAAGUCCUUGUCCUUUAGAAUGUUUUAUAAUGAGCUUCUAUAUAGAAAUUUCUCUCAAGGCACAGGUUAAGACAGAGCCCCUGUCAGUGAAUUUACUUUAUUCUUUGUGCUUUAGAAUUAUUUCUGAUAUAAAAUAUGGAUGCCAUAAAAUGUGCCAUUUUGGUGGUCUUGGUCGAACGAUUCUGCGGUGCUCAUGUGCAGCCGUCAUUCAUUCCGAGCGCUUUCCCACCCUCCCACACUGAACUCCCUGAGAAUUCCUUCUCCGCUUUCUUCUCCCGCAAGCUCCUGGGCGUCACACUUCUGUUUCCUUUCCACAGCUGGCUCUUGUUAGUUCCUCGCAUCAAUAACAAUACAGUUCGUGUCUUUUCAUGUCUGGCUCAUCUCACUUGGCAUGUAAUAUUUUCAGGCAUUCAAGGAAGUCUUCAGUUGGAUUUUCUAGCACAGGAAAUCUUAAACUCCUGUGUCAUCCAGGUAACAUUGGUAAGAGGAACACAAGGUCAUUACGUGUAUUCUGUCUCGCUGGCUCCGUAACUUAGGCCCCUGCACAUGCGUACUGAAGAGGUUGAGACUAUGCACUGACUCGUCUUAGGGGUCUGCUUUUGGAAACGGAGUAAGAGCACUUACAGCACCAAUCACACACUGUCAUGAAGCAACGAGGACAAACUAUCUCUUGCUUUAAAAUGACGACCUACCUGGUCUUUAAACUCAGCUAUAAUUUUAUCUUCUUGAGAGAAACUAAUCUUUUUGGUUUUUGUUUUUUGUUUGUUUGUUUGUUUGUUUGUUUGUUUUGGUUUUUCGAGACAGGGUUUCUCUGUGUAGCUUUGCGCCUCUCCUGGAACUCGCUUUGGAGACCAGGCUGGCCUCGAACUCACAGAGAUCCGCCUGGCUCUAACUCCCGAGUGCUGGGAUUAAAGGCGUGCGCCACCACCACCAGGCUUUGUUUUUGUUUUUAUCAGAGUUGAGGACCAAACCCAGGGCCUUGCACUUGCUAGGCAAGUGCUCUAGCACUGAGCUAAAUCCCCAACCCUGAGAAACUAAUCUGUUUAGCUGACAUUCCCUAACAGAUGGAGAAAAAAAUACUGAAUAAAUCAGCAGUUUGAGAUUUGAGGCAAUGAAUUGGCUUCUCUUUGUAAAUUUGGGUGUUCUUUGAGACAAUAUAAUCAAAGUUUUCCUUGGGCAGUGUCUUACACGGAUCAUCUAAAACUAAAACGUACUUAAAUUUUCAAAUUUUCAGUCAAUUGAUUUUUUGAUAAUAGAAAUGUAUAUAUUUUGUGAGAAAUACGUGAUCUGCUCCUGUUUACUCUGGGCAGAAUUGUUAAAUGGUGUCGUGUUUUCUGUUUUAGUGGGUAUUUUUCAAACUGUCAUUUUCUUCCAAAGUGUUUGAGUGAAUUAUAAGAGUUGGGUUUUCUUUUCUCUACCCACGGUUCUGUUUGCACGUGUGUGCAUGUGCAAGAGUCGAGCUGCUGUGUCUCUGGCACGCUUACAAUCUGAAACCUGUUCAAAGUCCUUAAAGGUAUUUCGGUUAGAAAUUUAGAUUUCAUGUAGUUAGUUUUUGUGGAUUUUUUUUUUUUACUAAGUUGUUGAGCUGUAGAUCUGCAAUAUCAGCACUGCCUACUGUGUUGUCUUUAAUAUUAGCACUGCCUACUGUGUUGUCUUUAAUACUAGCACUGCCUACUGUGUUGUCUUUAAUACUUGAACUUGGUAGCUUUUGUGUCUGCCGCUGCUGUUGCUGUAAAUUGCAACUGGCUUUCAUCAGUGAAUGUGCACUAGACCCUCUUUUAGUCCCCUCUUUCCACUGUGCCACUUACAGUACGAGCUUCUGUGUCUGCACUGAAUUCUGCCUUAGAAAUAUGCCUUUGACUAAAGUUUAAAUAUUUUUCCAUGUAUUUUUGCCUAUAGAAUAAUCACAAUUCCAAUAAGAAGCACCUUGAUUUAUGGUUGAUUAUACAUGUAAUGCUCUGACUUGUGCUAUCUGCAUAACAUGUUGACGUAAUCUAUUAUGAUAUUUCAUCUGUGCAGAGACGAAUAUCAUUUGUUGGUUUAUCAACGCUGACUAGAUUGGUGACGUGUUCGUGUGUCACUGAAAAAUGCACGCUCCUCUGCAAUGCUAAUAGUGUACUGUGCGGUGCAAUAAAGUGAAGUAUAGUUCUACUAAAACAAUAAAGUUGUAUUUAAUACAGAA